AAGCACGACAGGGUUGACUCUGCGCGCCGUGUUGACCAGCCUGGGCCGGGUGGAGUCCAGUCCAGUGCCUUCAGGCGCUCGGCUCCCGCCCCCCCGCCAGCCAUUGCUGGAACACAGAGGACGCCGGAGCCCAAACAGAGCAGCCACGCAACGCAACCGCAACCUUGACCUGCUGACUCUGCCCCUCCGUCCCGCUCGUCACAUACCCAUCCAAUCCGCCGCUCAGUCGCCGCGUUUCCCAAACAGACGAUGGCUCCUCCGCCUCCCGCGGCAGCGCUCGCGCUCCUCGUCCUCGUCCUCGCCGCCGCGGUGCCGGCGCGCGCGCAGCAGGAGUACGAGGCCAACAAGCAGAACGCCUGCUACGCCACCAACGCCAGCUCCGUCCUCGGUUACACCUGCAACGCCACCACGGCCUCCACUCCGGCCUGCGACUCCUACCUCAUCUUCCGCUCCUCCCCGUCCUACUACGACACGCCGGUCUCCAUCUCCUACCUCCUCAACUCCUCCGUCUCCGCCACGGCCGCCGCCAACGCCGUUCCCACGGUGUCCCCGCUCGCGGCCUCAAGCCUCGUCCUCGUCCCCGUCCCCUGCGCCUGCACGCCCGGCGGCUACUACCAGCACAACUCCUCCUACACCAUCCAGUUCCUCGGCGAGACCUACUUCAUCAUCGCCAACAUCACCUACCAGGGCCUCACCACCUGCCAGGCGCUCAUCGAUCAGAACCCGCUCCACGACAGCCGCGGCCUCGUCGCCGGGAACAACCUCACCGUGCCGCUCCGCUGCGCGUGCCCCUCGCCCGCACAGGCCGCCAGCGGGUUCAGGUACCUGCUCUCCUACCUCGUCAUGUGGGGCGACGGCGUGACCUCCAUCGCCGCCAGGUUCCGCGCCGACCCGCAGGACGUGCUCGACGCCAACGGCCUCACCGCCGACGACAUCAUAUUCCCCUUCACCACGCUGCUCAUCCCGCUCAAGGCCGCGCCCACGCCGGACAUGCUCGCGUCCCCGGCGCCGCCGCCGGCCCCGACCCCGCCGCAGCCCACGCCCGCGCCGUCGGGCGGGUCGGGGACCGGGAAAUGGGUCGGCGUCGGUGUUGGCGUCGGCUGCGGCGCGCUUGCGCUGGCAGGAAUUCUGGGCCUGCUGCUCUUCCUACGGGCCAGGCGGCGGCGGCGGCUCGCCGAUGGGGAAAGUGUCCGUCAACGCAGCAAGGUGGUCAUCGACGUGUCCUCGUCGGCGGAGUACGGCGCGCUGGCGUCGGGGAAGCAGACCACUAAUACCACCACGUCCUCGACGUCCUCCGGGACGAGGUCGCUGGUGGCCAGCGACGUGCGCGGGGCCGUGGACUCGCUGACGGUGUACAAGUUCUCGGAGCUGGAGAAGGCCACCGCGGGGUUCGCGGAGGAGCGGCAGGUGCCGGGCACGUCGGUGUACCGGGCCGUCAUCAACGGCGACGCGGCGGCGGUGAAGCUGGUGGCCGGCGACGUGAGCGGCGAGGUCGGCAUCCUGAUGCGCGUCAACCACUCCUGCCUCGUCCGUCUCUCCGGCCUCUGCGUCCACCGCGGUGACACCUACCUCGUCUUCGAGUUCGCGGAGAACGGCGCGCUCAGCGACUGGAUCCACGGCGGCGGCGGCGGCGGCACCACCCUCCGGUGGAGGCAGCGCGUGCAGGUGGCGUUCGACGUCGCGGACGGGCUCAACUACCUCCACCACUACACGAACCCGCCGUGCGUGCACAAGAACCUCAAGAGCAGCAACGUCCUCCUCGACGCCGACCUCCGCGCCAAGGUGUCGAGCUUCGGGCUGGCGCGCGCGGUCACGGCGACCGACGGCGGCGCGGGCGCGCAGCUCACGCGCCACGUCGUGGGCACGCAGGGAUACCUCGCCCCCGAGUACCUCGAGCACGGCCUCAUCACGCCCAAGCUCGACGUGUUCGCUUUCGGGGUCGUCCUGCUGGAGCUGCUGUCCGGGAAGGAGGCCGCGUUCGCGGACGCCGGCACGGGCGAGGAGACGCUGCUGUGGGAGGCCGCGGAGGAGGCGCUGGUGGCGCACGGCGGCGAGGACGUGGACCGCGCCAAGGUGCGCGCGUUCAUGGACCCGCGCCUGCACGGGGACUUCCCCAUGGACCUCGCGCUCGCCAUGGCUGCGCUGGCGCUGCGGUGCGUGGCGGCGGAGCCCCGCGCGCGGCCGGCCAUGGACGAGGUCUUCGUCUCGCUCUCGGCGGUGUACAACUCCACGCUGGACUGGGAUCCCUCCGAUUACGGCACCUCCGGAUCUUCCAUGGUCGGGCGGUAGUAACCAUCAGCAUAGAAGUUAAAAUUGCAUAGAACAAGUAAAUGUAUCAUUAAUUUCAUCAAUUUGUUUUACAUUAAUCACUAGUACAAACAAAUCCACUCAAAUUGCGGCUUCAGCUACUCCUUUCUUUCGCUAGAACAACACCACAUUCGUCAGAAGCACAGAACCAAUGCUGCAAGUUUGGCAUUGCAGCAUUUUCGGCAAGAAAACUAGAGGCGACCAGUUCUGGGAUGUACCGUUGAUCUUUCAGCGACGAAUUGUGGAUUUGUGGAUUUGUGGUGAGAACGUUGAGCUACUAGGCUACUAGUAAGAACUGUUUUGUCGUACCAGUAACUUGUAAAGGAGAAAUACAUAUUUGAUUUUAUAAUCACCCAAA